AUGGCGGGACUCGUCAACGGGCCUCUUUCUCUCUUCCGCAAGACAGACUCUUCAAAGCCUCUCCACGCUCGAUGGGGAGAUGUGUCCAUCUCCGUGCCUACAGAUGGCUCAUGGAAUCAAUAUGACAAUCCCCAUCGUCCCAUUACGGAGAGAUCAGCAUAUGGGCCAGGCUACGUGCCCGACUGCUCUCCGCAAGACCGUCGGAAUCCCCGCUCAGUGAAAGAGGAGGACCCAGACGACGACGCCAGAAGUGUUUGCAGUGAAGCAUCAACAGUCUCGUGGCGGAGCUCCCUAUCUCUCAAAAGCCUGCGACCGGGCCGGCUCUCGGUGCAUCUCGCAUCACGUCCGAAACCACUGCGGGGCGAAUCCCAGGUGGAAAGAGACGCCCAACGGUCUGAACAAAAGCGAAAUGAAUUUGCAUAUCGACCAAUUUAUCAAGACUACACCUCUGAAGUAGUCGAAUCGACUAAUCGGUCCAGCAAUCGGUUCAAGUACAUUCCGACCAAUGGACGGUACCCUCAAAGCUCAGGCGCUGAGACUCCGCGCAGCCAAUCUGUCAACUCGCUCCGCACACCCCACUCGUUGUCCGAGUCGAGUGAGCGGCGAUACAGCGGCCGCGAUCGCGACCACUACACUCCAACCAUCGGAGGGAGUACCUGCCAUGAGGACGACUUUUGCGGUCUGCACUCUACCAGCGUUCGUGAUAGCUCGGACAGCUCUGGCUCGUGGCGUAACUAUGGGCUGCCGCCUCGACGGCGAACGUCACCGUUUGUUGCGGCUGAUGGUCAGAGGGCUUCUUCAAUCUCGAAGCCUAUGACCUUGACCAUGGUUCCUGACCCUGAUGAUCUCUAUGGAUAA